CUGUCAAAUCGCCAGUGUUACUUCGUCUGUCAGAGAAGCUUCUAACCUCAAAAGUCGAAAAAAGUUUGAAAGUGUUUACAAAAUGGGUAAACACGAAGUAGGAACACCAAAGUACAUAGCCAACAAGAUAAAAGCGAAAGGAUUGCAGAAAUUGCGAUGGUUUUGUCAAAUGUGUCAAAAGCAGUGUCGAGACGAGAAUGGAUUUAAGUGCCACACUACGUCCGAAUCGCAUCAUAGACAACUUCUUCUUUUUGCUGACAAUGCCCACAAAUACAUCGAUCAAUUCUCGAAUGAGUUCUGCCAGCAGUUUCUGGAAUUACUAAGCAGACAAUUCGGUACAAAAAGAGUACCUGCGAAUCGAGUUUACCAGGAAUAUAUCGCUGACAGGGAACACGUUCAUAUGAAUGCAACUAUGUGGCUCACAUUGACUGGAUUUGUAAAAUGGCUUGGACGUUCUGGAAAAUGCGUUGUGGACGAAACAGAGAAAGGAUGGUUUAUAACGUACAUCGACCGCGAUCCUGAGGCAGUAGCUUAUCUGGAGAAGCAGGCAAAGAAGGAAAAGAUGGACCGCAAUGAGGAAGAACGAAUGAUGGCGUUCAUCGAGAAACAAGUGGAAAGUGGUCGACAAAACGCACCCGACGAAUCGAGCGACGAACCAACACCAUUAAUCCGUACCGAAGACGAACCACUAGUACUAAACAUGAAACUAAAACCAAAAGUUCUGCCAGCAUCUUUAGUUAAACUCGGAAUAUCCGGAAAAAAGAAACAGUCCCUCAAAGAAGAACCAAUUACUGAACUUGAGUGUGAAUCCAGUUCCAGGAAAAGUUCGCAAAGUGUGAAACGCGAAAGAAGUAAUUCUUUAGAAUCAAUUGAUGCGAAUGAAAGUGAAUCCAGUUCGUCGAGAAGUUUGAAAAGUUCGAAAAGAAAAAGUAGCCAUUCGGAGGAACCGUCAAGUAAAAAACGUGAAAAGGAGGCGAAAGGCUGGUUGAGGCGGGGUUUGGUGGUGAAGAUUGUAACGAGGAGGCUAGGAGAAAAGUAUUACAAAGCCAAGGGUGUUAUUUCCGAACUUGUGGAUGAAUCCUUCUUCGUCGGGAAAGUUAAACUGAAAUCUCCCGAAGAAGUGGAAGGUCACGUUGUGAAAAUAGAUCAGGAACAUCUUGAAACUGUCAUACCUGCGAUUGGCAGAGAAGUUAUCAUUCUUAAAGGAAAAGACGCCGGGGAAAUUGUGACAAUCAGGAAAGUGAGAAUAGAAGACUUUUGUGUUGAUGUUGAGUUUAAGAAGGGAGAGAUUCUUAAAAGAGUUCCUUAUGAAGAGAUUUGCAAAUUCAGCGAAUGAUGAAAAGCAUUAGAAAUUUAUGGAUGGUUGAAAAGAUGUAAAUAUGAUGUUUGGUACGUUUAAGUUUAUCAAUGAAUGUAAAUUAUUCAUUUCUGAGGUUUCAUUGCAUUUUCUUGAGUUUUCAUUAGUUGUCGACUGAUGAGACCUGAAAAUAAAAAUACUUCAUUGUUUAAUAUGAGGAAGUGCGCUUACAAAUAUUAUGUGCUUUU